UAUUGUGCAUUUCAGUCAGUGUGGACCACAGCAAGGACAGCUACUGCAAGUAACGGGAUUCGAUUUAAAUUUACAGUCCUUGAAACAAGUCGAUCAGAAGUCUUCGAAGCACUGCAUGUGUUUGAACGCCACUUCAGCACAUCCAGGAGCUCGCUGGUGGUUUGUGGUGAAAGUUAAAGUGUGUUGCUGUGACUAAUGGGAACGUUAGAGACUUUAGUUGUGGCUGGAAACACGUAGCACUGUAAAAUCGUCUAAAAUUCGUGGAUACCUUCGUUUUUAAUCAUACAAAACAAUCUAAGAGGGAGAACAAGGCGACUUCCUUCCUGCUGCUUCAUCAACUCGAUGCACACGUUUGGCCGCAGGUUCUCUGCAACAAAAAAAGUAGCUGCGAGGGUAGAGGAUGCUCGUUUCCUGUUUUCUCCACAAAGCCAAAUCCGCCUAGUUUCAUUUGAUCUGCUCUAACUUAUUAAGUGCCAUGUUCACCCAGCCCUUAUGUCUGAUCUCACACAAGAAAUGGCAUCAACGAAGACUUUACGAGAGUGGUGCCGCGUCACAUGCGCUCAUUACCCCAACGUGGGAAUAAAGAACAUGUCAACUUCAUUCAGAGAUGGACUCGCAUUUUGUGCCAUCAUCCAUAAACACCGACCUGACCUGAUAGAUUUUAGCUCCCUCUCCAAAGAUAAUGUUUAUCAAAAUAACAAGCUGGCGUUUGAGGUUGCAGAAACGAAACUGGGCAUCCCUGCGAUGCUGGACCCAAAGGAAAUGGUUUCUGCCAAGGUGCCCGACUGUUUGAGCGUCAUCACCUACCUGUCACAGUACUACUCCUACUUCAACAGGAAAUCUUAUGCAGGUCCUACCAGUCCUGAUGGCAUGAAACCCCUGAAGAGCUCGUCUCAUCUGGAAACCGGCACAGAUGGUUUAUCCAACACAAGGCCACGAACAGCGUGUAAUUUGUGUUUCAGGCCCGUCCACCUCAUACAGAGACAUCUGAUUGACGGAAAGAUCUACCAUCGCAGCUGCUUCAGGUGCACAGUGUGUCACAGCACUCUUUUACCAGAGUGUUACACACAGGGAAGUGAUGCUGGCUCCUUGAUCUGCACUCACCAUAUAACAGACAGUAAAAGUUCUAAGAAUCAUCCCAAAUGUAAGUUUCAGGCAGGUUAUUUCUAUUCUCUUGAUGGACUGGCUAUCACCGCCGUCCCUCAUUACACUAAGAAAACAGAGUCACGGGAUAGACUUGUUUGUAAAACACCAGAGAGGGAAGAGAAAGAAGGGGAGGAGAGGAGCAGAGAAGUGAGAGACAGAGAAAACAGAGACUCAGCUGCUGAACUGAAGAGCGUGAUUAAGGAUCCAGGACCUCCUCAAUCUCCCCUACCCAGUGUUAAAGACAGGACAGUGGAAGAGGCUCUGGUAGACGGCGGGAUACUUCAAGAAGUGACGACUCAGCAGACCCCUGAGCUCUCUUCCCCACACGCACAAGUGACAGAGGGAAGUGGUCGGCCCAUUCCAGAGCCCAGGGGGAUGUCAGACUCUCCUGCUGCCCCUGCUCCUGCUGCAGGCAAUUCAUCCAUCCACAGCACAUCUCCUCUCAAUUCAUCUCGCAGCACCAGCCCAACCAGUGGUCGCCCUAAAGUGAAAACUAAACAUCCAUGGUUGACCAUUAUCCAUCCCGGACCCUGGACACAGCUGCCUCCCGCUCCAGCCCCAGUACCCACUCCUCGAUCCAAAGCUGUCUAUUACCCGCAGGGGCCCUGGUAUAGACCCAAGGUGUCUGCUCCAAAUCCAUUUCGAGAGGACAUGGCCAGGGAGAGGGUGAAGGCCAGAAGACCUGAGUCUACAGACCAGAUUAAGUCCUCUGUGGAAGCUAGUCGUUCAGAGGAUGGUGGCAGUCUGACAAAUAAAUCAGGGGACAUGGAGGUUGCAGCUUCUUCAGGUGAUGCUGAAAAUAGUGCGAUUGAAUCUGUAGAGGGUGAGAGUGCGGCAACUAACAUGACGGAGACUCCCAGUGAACAAUCUGGAGAAAGUGAAAAUGCUUUAUCAGUUUUGGAUGAAGUUAGAGGCGUGGGUGGCUCACUGCCAGACGUGACUGAAGCAGCAGCAGCAGCAGCAGCAGCAGCAGCAGCAGAGCCACAUGUUGAGGCACAGAGUCAUUUUUUAGCCCGGAGUCUCUCUGUGCCAGCCAUCACAUCUGCCCACUCUCAAAGUUCCUUCCUUUGUCUAACAGAGACCAAUGAAUCUGCCACAUCAAGCCAAAGUAAGCUGGCCUGCAAAGAGAAUCCUUUUGAUCGAAAACCUGCAAGGACCAGGUCAAAGACUUUCCAGGACCUCCCAUCUAGUCACCCCUCUUCUCCUGAACAUGGCUUCCCGCUCAUUAAGAGGAAGGUGCAGACGGACCAGUGUGUUUCUACAGAAGAGCUGCAGGCGGAGAUGGGAGAACUGGACAAACAGCUGUGGGCUCUGGAACAAAGAGGAGUCGAACUGGAGAGGAAACUGAGAGACUGCAAGAAAGGGUCCGUCCUCUUUCUAUCAGAUAAAGAGGAGGAACGGAUGCUAAUGGAGUGGUUCUCUGUCAUCCAUGAGAGACAGGCUCUGGUGCGCCGAGAUAAAGAGCUGGUUUAUCUGACAAAGCAGCAGAGAUUAGAGGAGCGGCAGGCAGAUGUGGAGUAUGAGUUCCGAUGUCUCUAUAAUAAACCUGAGAGCGACUGGAGUCAGGAGGAUCGAGGUCGAGAGCAGCAGCUGAUGGACGAGCUGGUCGACAUCAUCGAUCAGAGGAACCAGAUCAUCAGCAGCUUGGAUCAGGACAGGCAGAGGGAAAGAGAUGAAGACAGACUCCAGGAAGCAUCAAUGAAGGACAAAGAGCUCCAGAAGGAUAAACUAAAACAGCUAAAGAAGUCAAAAGGAAAGUUCAAGCCCACAAUAGUUUUUAAGAUACUGAACCAUAAAGCAGAGAGGACCAAGGACUCCAUGGACAAAAAGAGCUGACGUACCAUCAGGACUGCACAAAUGUUGUGUAGAUAAAAAAAAAAAACUCUCAUAGAAAAGAAGCUCAUUUAUACUUUAAGAUGAUAAAAGUGUUUAUAUUUCUUUUACCACAGGAGAGGAUCAUCAUAUGAAAGACUAAGGUUAAACUCAUGAGAAGCUCAGUAGCUGUAAUUUCUCUUUGCAAAUCAUUCAGUGUUAUCAGUUUACAUUUUCUCCUCUAUGUUUCUUUACUUGCCCUAUCUCAUAUAUUCAACCAAUAUUUAUAUUUCUUCAUUUUAUUACAUACCUGUAUUUGUUAAAGCAUGCAGUAAAUACUUAUUUGAGAGAGUUUCAUGUUUUGUCUUUGCAGAAGGGCUGUAUAUUUUAUGAUUAGCCAGCUUUUAACAUUUUUUGAGAUACUAGUUAUCUGCUAUGCUGAAAAAAGUGCAUUGAAAUUCAUUCAAAACAGAUGGGUAAAACCAAUGUCUGAGUUGUUUGAUGAAUAAGAACAUACUGCACUUCUCUUAACAUGUUAAUCAGUGUAGGUGUCAUUUCCAUUAUCAGUUUUAUUGUGUUUGCUCUAAUGUUAUGAUUUUUAGUCAUGAAUGAUGGAGAGAAGAGCUUGGAAAUCCUGAAAGAGCUGGCUGUAAUCUCUCUUUAUGUGGAUGUGUGCCUCCUGAGUUCCAUCGUGAUUUGCUCAAUGCAGUUUGCUCAAUGCAUAAAUACUGAGAAACGUCUGAAAAGACAGUUGAUCCUGGGUCAAACUUGAGGAAUUUUCUGAAAAGCAGAUUCAGAGAAUCCUGUUUGUUUGUUUGUUUGUUUGUUUGUUUGUUUUUUGUUUGUUUUGUUUGUUUGGCUAAAAUGCCUGCACAGAAGUAUAAAUAUUGUCUACACAGACUAAAUACCAUUGAAUGCAUCAGGUAUACUUGAAAAUGUGAGGUUAUGGAGAAAAAUAAAGACACACUACAGACGGCUUUUUUAAAAAAAAUUGCCAUAGUAACAUCAGUAA